UUUCAAUGUUACGUUAUUGGCAAAGGAAAAGCUUUGAUUACAAGUGAAAAACAAACAAGUGGUGCUAGGAUCAAGGUUUGUGAUGGCAAAGCUGAUUACGAUUAAUGCAUUAUCACAGUCACUUCCACUGAGGAAAAAAGAGAAAUCAACAGAGCCAAAAGUUAAAGGGAAAAGAAACCCAAAUGCUCCAAAUCACCCUCCUACUGCUUUGUUUGUGUUCAUGGAUGAGUUUAGGCAAACAUUCAAGGCUGUUAAUCCUGACUGGAAGAGGGUCUCCACAAUAGUGCUGAAUUCAGUUGUUCCUAAUAACAAUCUCCUUUUGCCCCUUUAUCCCUUUAGUUUUAUCUAAUAGCC